AUGGCCGAUUCAGAUGAUGAAGAUAAAUAUUUGUAUGGGUCAGAAGAAGAAGAAGAAAGUAUUCAACCAGUAACAAAAAAACAAAAGACACAAUCAACCACAACAUCAAAUGAUCAAGAAGAAAGUAUAGAGAAAGAACAGAAGCACGGACUAGAAGAGACUGGAACAAGUAAUGAGAACGAGGAAGAAAAAGAAGAUGAGGAUAAUGAGGAAGAAGAUGAUGAAAAUGAAGAGGAUGAAGAAGAGGAAGAUGAUGAAGAUGAAGAGGAUGAUAUAGAUAUUAUAAUUGGAGAUACAACUACUACUAAAACAUCAGUACCAGGAAAUGAUAUACUAUCAGAAAUAGCACAACCAUCAUCAUCUACAGGAACUCCACAACCGACUUCAGUUUUACCAUCAGCAACUACAACAACAACUUCAAAAAUUGAUAUAAAUGCAAAUCCUGAAAUAGAAGGGAAACCAUUAACUCAAUUAGAUCUUGAAAUAUUUAAAGUAAAACCAUGGAGAGCACCAGGUGCAGAUAUAUCAGAUUAUUUUAAUUUUGGAUUUGAUGAAUUAACAUGGAAUGCAUAUUGUCAUAAACAAGAUAAAUUAAGAGGUGAAUUUAAUCCUCAAAAAAUUUUAAAUAAUAUAAUGAAAGGUCCUGGUAGUGGUACUGAUAUAAGUAAAAUUGCAAGUCCAAGUAUACAGAAUAACAAUGGUAAUAAUGAUAAUAAAAUGGGUAAUCCUCCACCACCUCCAAUGAAUAUGUUCCCACCUGGAAUGCAAUUACCUCCAGGUAUGCAAUUUCCACCUGGUAUGCCACCAAUGUUUCCUCCAGGUAUGCAAAUGCCACCAGGAAUGCAGAUACCUCCUGGAAUGCAAAUGCCACCCGGAAUGCCGAAUUUUUCACCACCUCCACCGCCGCAACAACAAAAAUAA